AUGGACGAGACCGUGGACGAGGACGAGGUUCCUUUGGACAUGGCAGAGGAAGAGGAGACACAAGAGUCUUACCUAAUGAAGAAAGCACACAAGGUCCCUCUGGCGGAAGAAGGCAACGAGGUUUCUCAAGAGGAGGACAAAGAAUGUUACCAUAAUAAGAAUAACCAAGUGCAUGAGAAGGUCAACUAUGCAAAGAAGGAGGAAGGAGAAGAUGGUAUCUUGCUACUAGCAGAGAAGGGAGAAGAAGCUUCCAAUGAAAAUAUUUGGUACUUGGAUACCGGUGCAAGCAAUCAUAUGUGCGGGUACAAACACAUGUUCAAAGAGUUAGAUGAGACAGUGGAAGGCAAUGUUUCUUUCGGUGAUACCUCAAAAGUUCAAGUGAAGGGGAUAGGUAAAAUCCUAAUUCAACUCAAGAAUGGUUCUUAA